GUUAAAGUAAUACCAGUUCCUUGUUUUCUAUUACAAAAAAAAAGCAAAAAAAAAAAAUAAUUAAUUAGCUAAGCAAAAAAAUACAAACGUAAUAAUAAUAAUAUGUGGUAAUCUUAUAUUAAUUAUACAUAUUGUAACAACUUAUACUAUUUAUGGUGUUAAAUUUUAUCCAGCUGCUGGUCAAGAGGUCUAGACCUCUUUCCCUCUACUGUUGCGUUUUGUAUUUACAAAUUUGUCCAAAAAAAGCUAUUCUAUGGCCAUUAAAAUAUAACCACACAAAAAAAUCUACAAUUUCCUAAAAUUAAAUACGAUUAAAUCUACUUGAAAUUGUGUACAAGGAAUUUUAUUUUGUAAAUUUCGAACAAAAAUAUACAUAUACUAUACUACAAUAAAUUUUGAAUUGUUUAUAAUGGAAAAGGAAUUUUUGUCCACACGGAAAAGAAGGAAGAUUUUAUAUACUUAAAACUAAUACUAAAUGGUUAAAAAGUUGCUGAAUUUAAAGAAAUAAGUUAUAAUAUAAAAGUUUUAUUUUUUUCUCGAAAUUAAUUACAAAAAAAAAAAAAACAUUAAAGAAUUUACAAACAUCAAAUAUACGGCAUUAUCAUCGAACAUUAACAAAAAAGUUUUCAAUUUGAUUCUCGAAAAUCCUUAUAAAAUAGCAAAUAAAAACUUUUUCACUUAACUCGGCAAAUAUUUUGCAUUGAAACUGCAGUUUAUGGUUAAAUCUUAUGAUUAUUAAACUAAAUAAAUACUACAAUAAAAAACAUUCUCUCAGACUACAAGAUUUAUCAAUGUACAUUGUCUACCUAAAGUUUAAUGCUCUCUCUCUAAACGAAAAAAAGAAACUCUUGAUUAUAUAUUUUUACUACAAUAAUUUACAACAAAACAACAUCGAAAAAAAUAUUAUUUUUGUAAUCUCGUAUAAGUUUACAACGUCUGCAUUAAACAAUACGCAAAAUCUCUUGAACUACAAGAGAUAAAUUUCCCAAAACUUAACUUAAACCAUCGAAAUACAUCUACACAAAUUUUUAGAACAAACUCAAUACGCUCUCUCUCUCUCUCUACAAGAAUUUUAUUUAAAUAAACAAACUUAAAUCUUCUAAAAGAAAAUCUUGAAAUUUGAAAUUAACAGAAACUUGUUUCAUGAUAAAAAUUCGUUAAAUUUUGAAAAAGAAAUCUGUAAAAUCAUGUUUAAAAUACGUCAACGUAGUUGUCUUCUAUUAACCUUAGUCAUUAUCUUGCUGCCAUGUGCUAUUGUUCUAAUGAUAAUGGGUCCAGAAUUAUCCACCGAACAAUCGUUAUCACAACGUUUGGGUGAAUGUCAUAUGCGUCUUCAGUAUUUGGAGUCAAUGUAUCGUACACGUCAAGAAGAUGUGGCCUUACUUUCGCAAUAUGUUGCACAAUUGCAAAAUAUUUCAACAGCCGUAGUAUCAUCGACCUCUAUGCCUGUUGGCGGCAUUAUUGAUAAGAACAUCUCAAGUCUAUAUAAUACAGCAUCUGCUUCAUCGGCCUCUGCCUCUCUGUUGGAUGGUCUGUCGGCAGAGGCUAGACAAAUUCUACGCAAUGCCUCACAAUUGCACAAUACCCAACAAAUGCAUUUAACCUCAUCGGCUAAUGUACGUCUGCCUACAGCCUAUCAUUUUCUACCUCAUCUCUUAGAUGAUCCCAACUCUUUAAAACCGGCUCUCUUAAGAUCUCAUGGUCGUUCGGAUGUCAGCAUUGUUUUGGGCAUACCAACAGUGGUGCGUGAAAAACAAUCAUAUCUUUUGGGUACUCUACACAAUCUCAUUGAGAAUAUGAAUGAAGAGGAACAAAAUGAAACUUUGAUUAUUGUUUUUAUUGGUGAAACCGAUUUGGAAACUGUGCAAUUGAUAGCGAAAAAGGUGGAAACUACAUUUGAGCCAUAUCUAGAAAAUGGUUUAAUAGAGAUAAUAGCACCAGCACCUUCAUAUUAUCCGAAUUUAGAUAAAUUACGUAUAACUUUAAAUGAUUCAUUAGAGCGUGUGAAAUGGCGAAGUAAACAGAAUUUGGAUUUUGCCUAUCUAAUGGCCUAUGCUCAGUCGAAAGGCACCUUCUAUGUUCAACUCGAAGAUGACAUCCUAGCCAAACGACACUUUAUAACGUCUAUGAAAAAGUUUGCCAUUACAAAAAGUGCUUUAACUAAACCGGAUCAGGCGCCUUGGUUUCUCUUGGAUUUCUGUCAACUAGGUUUCAUAGGUAAAAUGUUCAAAUCGGCGGAACUGCCCUAUCUAAUAACAUUCUUCCAAAUGUUCUACAACGAAAAGCCAGUCGAUUGGCUAUUGGGCUAUUUCAUUGAGUCCAAAGUCUGUCGCACCGAUCAAGAUCAAAAACAUUGUAAUCAGGAGAGAGCUAAAUACUGGCUGCACUAUCGUCCCUCACUGUUUCAACACAUCGGCACAAGUUCAUCGCUUAAGGGCAAAGUACAAAAACUCAAAGAUAAACAAUUUGGUUCUAAAGUUCCCACCUUCUAUGCUCAUGCUCAUAAUCCACCAGCUGUAGUUAAAUCAAAUAUAGCGGCCUAUAAGAACUAUCAACUGAAAAGAGCUUAUAAGGGUGAGACCUAUUUUUGGGGUCUUUUACCACAACCGGGUGAUUUGGUGCAGUUUAUAUUCGAUAAACCCACCACACUCAAACAUUAUCUCUUUCGCAGUGGUAAUUCUGAACAUCCUUCAGAUCGUUUCUAUAACACAACCAUUGAGGUCUUACCCGCCGAUACUUUAAGUGAAAGUUCACCGGUGUGGAGUUUUUAUAAUUCAACCACUGAUGGUUAUCUAAUAGUGGGCAAUUUUGAUGCCAUGGGCGUGGCAGAGGGUUCUUUAGAUUCGAAAAUUGGUGCUAUUAAAGAAAUGCGUUUACAUGUUCAUGGUGAUAGUGAAAAUUGGGCAUUAUUAAGUGAAAUUGAUUUACAGGUAGAUACUAAAAGAUGAUGGAAUUAGCUUGUACUGCUACACAGCUGGUAGAGUCAAAACUAACACUCCUUCUAAAGAAACAAUUUUCAACUGUGUUUUCAUAAUAUAGUUAUCCAUGACCUAUUUUUAUUAAGCGAAAGAACAAAUUAAAAAAUAGAAAAAUAUUAGAGCAUACUUAGAGGAGAAUUUAUAUAUAUAUGUAUGUGUGUGUGAGUGUGUUUUAAUGGUUUUUCUAAGUGUUUUUUUAUAUAAAUGUAUUUCUAUUACUUACAAAACCAAAAACAAAACUCCUUUCGUGUAAGUGUUUAAAUUGUUGUGACAUUUUCGUUUAUUUUUUUAAGUGUAUAAAGUUAAAUAAACAUUUAGUAAAUGUGAAAGAAAGUAGAGCUAACAAUUUUAUAAGGAUUUGAAA